AUGGAUCAGCCCACUGCGGAGCCCCAUAGUUCAGGCACGGAGCAGAAAGACUCCAGGCAUGAGUAUUUCAUGCAACAAGCUUUGUUGAUGGGAGAGAAAGCGUUGGAAGCUGGAGAGACACCAGUCGGGUGUGUGUUGGUCCACAACGAUGAGAUCAUAGGAUAUGGAAUGAAUGACACCAAUCGAUCGAUGAAUGGAACACGACAUGCGGAGUUCCUCGCGAUCGCAGAGGUGAUCCAGACCUACCCCAGAUCAAUCCUUCAGUCUACGGAUCUCUACGUCACAGUUGAGCCUUGUAUUAUGUGCGCCUCUGCCUUGAAGCAGUAUCGGAUUCGUCGCGUGUACUAUGGCUGCGCCAAUGACCGAUUCGGAGGAACCGGUGGCGUCUUGUCUAUUCACUCAGAGUUCGUGAACGAACCUUUCCCAAUUCCAGAGCAUAAAGCUAACCAGAACAGCCCCUCAAUCGAUCCCCCAUAUCCAGUCUAUGGUGGGUUCUUCAGAGACGAGGCAGUGAUGCUCCUCCGCCGGUUCUACAUUCAAGAGAACGAGAAAGCACCCAACCCUCGACCAAAGAAGAAUCGAGAACUGAACACCAAUCUCGACGAGGGACUUCUGACACCAACUGCACCAUCCAUGGAAAUCUAA